AAAACUUAUUAAGGAGAUAAUGAAAGAAAUAAUUUAUUCUGUCUUUAAACAAUAUAAAUUGGGUGAAAGGUCAUGAAUUAAAUUAUGGCUAGUACUAAUAUAUACUAGUACUAAUAUUACAAACUUUAUUUUCCGGAAUAAUAAACAAAAAGGGCUUCGAACGAACAUGGUACGGUUACAGCCAGACCCAUUUCUCAAUGAACUGACAAGUAUGUUUGAGCGAACUACUGAACAUGGUUCCGUUUGGGUUACUCUCAAACACUCUUCUGAUAAAUCUAAAGCCCAGCGGAAUAAGAUGAAGACAGCUGGGGAAAAUAUUGAAUUUAAGUGCCUCAUCCGAGCAACUGAUGGUAAAAAGAAUAUUUCCACAAUGGUUGGAGCAAAAGAUCACCAGCGUUUCCAAGCAUCUUAUGCAAUUUUGCUGAAGGCCCGGUUGACUGCACUAAAGAAGAGGGAGAGGAAGGACAAGAGGAAGCUGGCUGCUGACUCUGACAAAAAGAUAGAGAGUUCAAAAAAGAAAUCUGCUGCUCCCAAGGCCUCUACAUGAACACUUUAUUCCCCCAUUUUGUUUCUAGGAUAGAGUUGGUUGUAGGAUUUGACCUCCAUUUGGGGUGACAAGUCUGAAACUGCGUUACAGCAAGAAGGGUGUUUCUACUCCCCUUUGUUUUUCUUCUAAAUUAGACAAACUUUACGAGGAAGGAAAGGGAUCCCUUAAAAUAUUUGAAGAAUAUUUUGUUACAAUCUUGAUCUUUUGUUCCUUGGACCAAA